AUGGAGGUUGAUAAGAAGGUGAAGGUGGAAGAGAAAGAGACGAACGGCACAAAAGGGACGGUUGGGGAGCCGAAGAAGACGGAGGCGAAGGAGAUCGUGGUUGUAGAAAAAGUCGAGACCAUCGUUCGCGACCCUGUGGUGUCAGUCACGGACAGCUUCGCCAACCUCGCCCUUGCUUUUCCCUCAUCUUUCCUCUCCCUACGAGUUUCUGCCCUCCUCAUCAACUUGAUCCUGAUGCUCUUCACCCUGGACUUUAUUUACACUCCGUUCAUCCAGACCUUCCCCGACCUCGCCUAUGCUCGCGUCGGCGCUGUCACCCCACACUCUGCCCGGCUCGUGCUGCGGUACCCUCUCCCACCGCUGUUAGAGGUGAUGCCAGCCGCAGACGAACUGAACCGUGAAGGAGAGGUUGAGGGAGUGGAGCGUCUCCUGAAGCAGGAGAGCUGGGAGGUGCACGUCUGGUGGCGCGAGAAUGUGAACGUGCAGGCGAUCGGCAUCGAAGUUGAGGGGCCAGUUGAACUGAGCUGGAAUGAGGGACCGAAGGUGGAACUGUUGGAGGAGAACGACUGGGUUGGGGUGGCUCAGCUGGAUAAGCUGCUCCCCGCGACCGAGUAUGAAUACCGCUUCGCCUUCGCCAACUCGACUAUCCUACCUGUCUCUAAAGGACAACUCACUUUCCGCACCUUCCCCGCUGGCAAUGCGGCACACUUUAAGUUCAUCGCUUCGUCAUGCCUAAUGCCCAACUUUCCGUAUCGCCCGUCCCUAUCCUCUACCCCAUCAAUCAGAGGGUUUGAUCUACUUGCCUCCGUGCUUGCUAAAGAGCCCAAGCGCAAUGUUUACGGUACCGAACCUGAAUCCGAGCCUGUGUCGGCGUCACCCAAGACCGCACCCUCUCCAGAGGCGCCAGCCGAGGAAGCUACGACGGCUAUGGAUAACGAGCCGACGCCUGAGCCGACAGAGGUCGUACAGCAGGAGGAGGUUCCACAAACCCCUCUGGCGGAAAGCGUGACUUUGGUGAGCGAGACCCCGCAAGAAGCCGCGAGCGCUCGUCUACCUGUCUCUUCGGUGCCGUCCCUUCCGCCACUCAACUUGGAGAAUGCUGUGAGCUUGUUCAAAAGUGUACUGAAGGGGAAGCCGAAGGAAGAAGUCCCAGAAAGCGACGCGAACACCGAAUUUGCCCUGUUAUUGGGCGACUUCAUAUAUGCUGAUGUACCGAGGUAUGGAGGAGACGAUCUAGAGAAGUAUAGGCGACUUUAUAGGAGGGUGUAUGCAAGUGACAACUACAGAAAGAUCUAUGAACAUCUCCCUACGCUUCACAUUUAUGACGAUCACGAGAUCACGAACAACUAUGUUGGACAUGAUAACGACUCUGCCGCUCCCUUCCCGCGGGCCAACAACGCAUACGAGGUUUAUCAAAACAAUGCUAACUACGCCCCUAUCCGGCCGGGCGGGAACUACUAUAACUUUGAGUAUGCAGACUCGGCCUUCUUCGUACUCGACUGCCGGCGGUACCGAACCAAUGUCGAGCAGGAGAUCGGGGAUAAAGCGACGAUGCUCGGAGAGCACCAGCUGAGCGAUUUCAAUCACUGGCUCUCCAAAGUGAACAAUACCCACACGUUCAAGUUUGUCGUCUCCUCCGUGCCGUUCACCACUUUGUGGCAUGGUAUCGACGGUCAGACGGAUACCUGGGCCGGCUACCCGACAGAACGGCACGAAGUGCUGCAGAAGAUGGCGAGUGUGCCAAACGUGGUUAUUAUCUCUGGCGACAGGCACGAGUUUGCUGCUGUAGCCAGCGCGGGUCGUGCAGGCGGCAAUGUUCUGGAGUUCUCGACGAGCCCGUUGAACCAGUUCUACCUACCCUUGUAUUCAACAUUUGACACGGCGGCCAAGACAACGGCAACGUGGACUCGUCCUGUUGAGCGGGUGGUCAAGAACGAGCAAGGAGAGGACGAGAUUGAAGUCACAGAGGAAGUCGUUCCUGAAGAAAAGGUGCUCCGUUACGUUCGUGAAGGGCAACAUAAGUGGGGCUCGUUUGAGGUGGAUACGCGUGACGAGGAGCACCCCAAGCUCAUCUUCGAGUUAUUCAUUGAUGGUCAAAGGGCUUGGAGGCUAAACAUUCCCGCCAAGCCUGUCAAGAAGCACCCUCACUCUACCGCACUCGGCAUGGGCCGUGUGAUCGGACAAAAUUUCAAGCACGCAAUGGAAGCCAUUGGGCUCUGGAGAGCACUUGGUCUGUAG